AUGGCAGAUAAAACUGAUUCUUAUACUGGUUUUAAUGCAUUUAAUCCUUUGUUAGAAACACAUGGUCUGAAACAUGAUACUGAUUUACAACAAGCUCUUUUAAAAACUAGUCAUGGACGACGAGCUCCAUCAAUUGGCCAAGCCGAUGGAGCUACUGUUCAAAGAGGUGGAUUUUUGUCGAAAAUAAAAAAUGUAUUUGGUCGACCGAAGAAUACAAAUUUACCGGUACCACCGAGUAAUUCUGUUGGUCGAUUAGGAACUGCAUCACGUGCUGCUGCUCAAAAACAAAAUAAUGUUAUUGCUGCUCCACUUGGUUCAGCUAUGCAUCGUCCUACGUCAGCACAAAAAAGACCAACAACAGCUAUACAAGGUGCUGGUUUUGUAGUUGGAUCUGGAGCAUUAGGUAGUUCUAUCUCGAUAUCAGGAUCAAAUCAAUUUGAAAAGAAAGAAGAAAGUAACGAUGAAAAAGCACGUAAAAUGGAACGAGUAAUUUUUGAUCUUGUGGAACAAAGUUGUUUUGCAUAUGAAAAAAAUGACACAAAAUUAGCACUUGAAAACGCCGAAGAAGCAAUGAAACAUGAAAAAAGUUUUAGUCGAUAUCGUGAAGAACAAAAUCUUGGUGAAUCAGAUUUGAGUCUAUCCGGAUUUAUUAUUCUUCAUUGUGCAAAUAUGUUUACGAAAUGUUCUAUGAAUACAGAAGCAAUGAAUCUAUAUAAUUUAAUACUUAAAAAUAAAUUAUUACCUGAAUCUAGUCAAGUACGAAUAAAUAUUGGUAACAUUUAUCUCGGUGCAAAGAAUUAUACAAAAGCUUUAAAAAUGUAUCGAAUGGCACUGGAUCAAAUAUCGGAACAAAAUGCUAAAUUAAAGUAUAUACAGUGGCUCCAAAAAUUAUUCAUACAGGUGUAA